AUGUCAAUCGAACCAAACAACGAUCCCAAUAUUGGCUCCUCUCGAGGCAAUGCUUCGUCCACAUCGAGCGAGAUUGCCAGUGGCCUCACUGGCGAAGGUGGCUCCUCCGCCUCCGCCUUGAUGAUGACCUUGCUGCCGGCAUUGAUAUAUGCAGCAUUCUGGUUCGGACUCUUUCUGAUAUUUCGCAGAACUCAGCGUCGCUGGUACGCGCCGAGAUCCCACCUACCAGACAUUCAUGAGCAUCAACGAAGUCCUGAAUUACCAUCAGGUUGGGUCAACUGGUUCGGCACAUUCUUGAAGAUAGAAGACAACCAUGUGAUGCACCACUCUUCCCUUGAUGGGUAUCUAUUUCUGCGGUUCUUGCGCGUCUUGUGCGCGGUAUGCGCCUUUGGCUGUUUAAUUACAUGGCCUAUUCUUCUACCAAUACAUGCGACGGGUGGGAACGGGAACGACCAGCUGGACAUCUUGAGCUUCAGUAACGUCGCAAAUCCAACCAAGUAUUAUGCCAACACUAUCGCCGCAUUGAUCUUUUUCACGUUUGUGUUCUACGUCGUGACUCGUGAAAGCCUCUAUUAUGCAAAUUUGCGCCAGGCAUAUCUCAACUCCCCUGCCUACGCUUCUCGAAUUUCUUCCAGGACUGUCCUGUUCAUGUCGGUGCCCGACGCCUAUAAGAACGAAAAACAACUGCGGCAGGUAUUUGGCGACACAAUUACUCGGAUCUGGAUCACCUCGGACUGCAAAAAACUCGACAAGCUUGUGAGUGAACGGGACAAAUUAGCCUGCAAGCUUGAAACUGCAGAGACCAAGCUCAUUCGGCGAGCAAACAAAAUCCGCCAAAAGGCCUUGAAAAACGGCGAGUUCUCUUCCGACACAUGCCUCGACUGCGAAUCAAGCAAUCCAGCAUGGUCCCAUAAAGUCAAACGCCCGACUCAUCGUCUCAAGUUCCUCUUCGGUCGGAAGGUUGAUUCAAUCCGCUGGUAUCGCGAGCAGCUUGUCAGAGUAACGAAAGAAGUUGAGGUCCUUCAAAGGAAGCAUCAGGAUGGUGACGCCAAGAAGCUAUCCGCGAUGUUCGUUGAAUUCGGUUCGCAGUCUGAUGCCCAGAUUGCUCUACAAACUCUCUCACACCACCAGCCGUUCCACAUGACGCCACGUUUCAUCGGAGUUGCUCCAGGCGACGUUGUCUGGUCGGCACUGAAUCUGAGCUGGUGGCAGCGUAUUAUCCGAAAAUUCGCGGUCCAAGGAGGCCUCGCAGCAAUGGUAGUCUUCUGGUCAUUCCCAGCCGCCCUUGUUGGAACCAUCUCGAACAUCACCUACCUGUGCAAAAUCCUGCCGCCGCUGAGAUUCAUUCUCAAGCUGCCGGAUUUUGUCAAAGGUGCAAUCGAGGGUCUUCUCCCAUCCGCUGCCCUCGUGGCACUGAUGUCGCUGGUACCGAUUAUCUGUCGAAUUUGUGCUCGGCGCGCUGGAGUGCCAUCAUUGGCCCGAGUUGAGCUCUUCACCCAGAGUGCUCAUUUUGUCUUUCAAGUCGUGCAAGUGUUCUUGGUGACGACUUUGACCUCUGCCGCAUCUGCUGCUACUGCCCAAAUUAUCAAGGACCCUCUUUCAGCAAAGGACCUUUUGGCUCAGAAUUUGCCCAAAGCUACCAACUUUUACAUAUCCUACUUUUUGCUUCAGGGUCUGAGUAUGAGCUCCAUGGCUCUCGUUCAGAUUGUGAGCGCUCUACUAUUCAAAUUCGUGACUACCUUCUUCGCCUACUCUCCGCGCCGUCUGUUCCAACGAUGGGCUGAGCUCGGUAGUCUGAGUUGGGGCAACGUGUUCCCCGUCUUCACCAACAUGGGUGUGAUUGCUUUAACAUACUCCUGUAUCUCCCCCUUGAUUUUGGGCUUUGCUUUCAUUGGCUUGUACCUUGUCUAUCAAGCCUACCGUUACAACUUCCUCUUUGUCUAUGACAUCAAGAUCGACACCAAGGGUUUGGUAUAUCCGCGCGCACUUCAACACCUGUUGACCGGUAUCUACCUGGCCGAGAUCUGUAUGAUCGGUCUAUUUGCCAUCAAGGGCGCCAUUGGACCUGUCAUCAUAAUGGUACUCUACACAAUUGCCACCAUCCUGGCACAUAUCUCCCUCAAUGAGGCCCUAGCACCACUGAACACGUUCCUCCCACGCUCUUUAGAUGCGGAGGAAGAGCUUCUCCAAGAGAAAGAAGACGCUGUUGCCGAAAUCAACGACCAACGCCGCUCACGUGUCAGUGCAUUCUGGUCCUGGUUCCAUCCAAAUAUCUACAAGGACUACGCUGCCCUUCGUCGGAAGGUGCGCAAGAAUGUGGCACCGGUUGAAUACACCGAGGAAGAACUGCGUACUGCAUACUUCGAGCCGUGCGUCGCAUCUCCACCUCCCACAUUGUGGAUUCCGCGCGAUAGAUGGGGCUUCAGUCGACACGAGGUUUUGGAUACUGAUCCAAAUAUCAAUAUCACGGAUGAUGGCGCCCAUUUGAAUGAAAAGAAUAAGAUUGUCUGGGACAAGUAUGACCCAGGACUUCCAUUGAGAGAGUUGAAGACGUUAUAUUAA